AUGGUCAUGCAAGAAAUGGUUAACGUCGGGGAGGACGUGCUCGUCUUUUACAACGACAAGGCUUCGUCCAACGCCUUCGUCGACAUGAUGAGAGUACCACAUUUCGCAGUUGAGCCUCAACUGCAUCCUUUGGUUCAAGCCGAGUCCUCCAUUAUCGUCGAUGUCCUUUACCGACCGGAAUAUCUUUUACAGCCUGGCACGGAAGCGCGGAAAAAUUGUGACAAUGGCGGAUUCAUUCGCGGGAUGAUUAAACACACCGAACGAUUGCUGGAGGACAAGGUGGGAAAACUUUGUAUCCAAGUUCUCAACACCUUACGUCAGAUGAUGAAUUUCGAUGUUCACAAUGACGAAAAGGGAGACGCAUUGAGGAAGAAUCUUUUAGUUCGCUACUUUGUCAAACCAGCCUCUCAUAGUUCUAAAAAGACCGAGCUCAAUGGCGGAAGCGGAAUCUCUGCCGCUGGAAUUUAUUCAACAUUAUCUGGUGGUACUGGUGUUGGAGGCGGUGUGGGACAAUCGUCAUCGCUGACAACCCACGGACCUGGAGGGCGUCUCCUGUCGCGAGGUGAAAUGAGUUUGCCCGAGGUACAAGUGUAUCUGGACCGAGAAGGCACCUCUGAUUUGGUGGCCGAAUUGGUCAUGAAGUCGUCGUUAUCGCCCAACGUUUUCAUGGAAGCGGUCCAAUUGGGCAUCGCCCUGCUGGAAGGCGGCAACCCCGUCAUCCAACGGAGUUUCUUCACGAAAUUGCAGUCGGCCGAGACGAGCGCCAUCUUCUUCUUCCUCUUUUGGGUCAGCUCGCACAUGUCCAUCUAG